AAUCUGACCUCCGAGCACCGCGGAACUUGGCUGCGGGAAACCGGGAAGAGAGCGCUCCCCCCUCCCCAGAAAACUAACUUCGCGUCGGUAUCAGCGGCCACGGGCAGCCCCCUCCUCCUCCUCCUUCUCCUGCUCUCUCCAUCUCCCCGGCCUCUUCCUCUCGUUUUCGGACUACCGCGGCUGUGUGUGUGUUGUUUUUUUCUUCUUCCCCAGAAGGAGGUGGACUGUUACACGGGAAGCAGGGGGGACGCUGGUGUAAAUUUACUUCCAUGUUGUAUAGCGCGUCGCUUCUGUUUGCAGCGCGGAGGUGAAGCAGAAGAGCAGUUUUGGGGCUCGUCUCUUGCCGCGCUGACGGGGAGAAGGGGCGCAGUCUGCAGUGACAGUUAUAUGGAAGUUGUGGGCUGCAAAACAGAGCCUGGCAGUUGCACUUUGAGCACAGGAGCGGACAGGGCCAUGCUUUUCCACGGGAUCUCCGGGGACCACAUCCAGGGGAUCAUGGAGGAGAUGGAGAGGAGAUCCAAAAGCGAGGCGCGGCUCACUAAGGGCAUGCAGAUCAACGGCAGGGAGACGACCAUGCCCUCCAUGAGCCCGGAGAAGCCCGCUCUGUGCGCCGGCUGCGGGGGCAAGAUCUCGGACCGAUACUACCUCCUGGCCGUGGACAAGCAGUGGCACCUCCGCUGUCUCAAGUGCUGUGAAUGUAAACUGGCCCUCGAGUCUGAGCUCACGUGCUUCGCCAAGGACGGGAGUAUCUACUGCAAAGAGGACUACUACAGAAGGUUCUCCGUGCAGAGGUGCGCGCGCUGCCACCUCGGGAUCUCGGCCUCGGAGAUGGUGAUGCGCGCGCGGGACUCGGUGUACCACCUGAGCUGCUUCACGUGCACCACCUGCAACAAGACCCUGACCACGGGAGACCACUUCGGCAUGAAGGACAGCCUGGUGUACUGCCGCCUGCACUUCGAGACGCUGGUGCAGGGCGCGGACUACCACCAGCAGAUCAACUUCGCGGAGCUGGCGGCCAAAAGCGGCGGGUUGGCGCUGCCCUACUUCAACGGCACCGGGACGGCACAGAAAGGCCGACCGCGCAAGAGGAAGAGCCCCGCGAUGGGAAUAGACAUCUCCAGCUACAACACAGGCUGCAACGAGAACGACGGCGAGCACCUGGACCGCGAGCAGGCCUACCCGCCCACGCAGAAGACCAAACGCAUGCGCACCUCCUUCAAACACCACCAGCUACGCACCAUGAAAUCCUACUUCGCCAUCAACCACAACCCCGACGCCAAGGACCUCAAGCAGCUGGCCCAGAAAACCGGCCUGACCAAAAGAGUUCUACAGGGAGAACAAUUCUUGGGGCAUUACAGCAAUACCACAUCCCGAAGUUUGAAAAUUCCCUAAACUAUUAAGACAAAGGAUGGGAAUUCCUCACCAUUGAAGACAAAGACAAUAUCACAUUAGCUUAAGCUUAAGAAUUUUCUGACUUUUAACCAUAUUUGAACCCAUCGCUGGCAAAGAACUCCAUGUAUUCUCACGAUGCCGCCACUUGUCCGCUCUCUGUUGUAUAUUAACGAUGGUCGGACGCGUCUAAACACAUGUAAAAUACUCAC